CCCCUUCUCAGUCACUCCCAAGAUGGCGGACCUACUGGGCUCCAUCCUGAGCUCCAUGGAGAAGCCACCCAGCCUCGGGGACCAGGAGUCUCGGCGCAAGGCCCGAGAGCAGGCUGCCCGCCUGAAGAAGCUACAGGAACAAGAAAAACAACAGAAGGUGGAGUUUCGUAAAAGGAUGGAGAGAGAGGUGUCCGAUUUCAUCCAAGACAGCCGGCAGAUAAAGAAAAAGUUCCAGCCGAUGAACAAGAUCGAGCGGAGCAUUCUACACGACGUGGUGGAGGUGGCCGGCCUGACGUCCUUCUCCUUCGGGGAAGACGAUGAGUGUCGCUACGUCAUGAUCUUCAAGAAGGAGUUCGCGCCCUCGGAUGAAGAGCUGGAGUCCUACCGUCGCGGCGAGGAGUGGGACCCCCAGAAAGCCGAGGAGAAGCGCAAGCUGAAGGAGCUGGCCCAGCGGCAGGAGGAGGAGGCAGCCCAGCAGGGCCCCGUGGUGGUGAGCCCCGCCAGCGACUACAAAGACAAGUACAGCCACCUCAUCGGCAAGGGGGCGGCCAAGGACGCGGCCCACAUGCUACAGGCCAACAAGACCUAUGGCUGUGUGCCCGUGGCCAACAAGAGGGACACGCGCUCCAUCGAAGAGGCCAUGAACGAGAUCCGGGCCAAGAAGCGGCUGCGGCAGAGCGGGGAAGAGCUGCCACCGACGUCCUAGGCGCCCCAGCAACCGGGGCGGGCCGGGGACAGGGGGACAGGCUGCUGCUAUUAGGACCCAUCCUGGAGCCCCACCUCCGCACCGCCUCCCGUCCGCGGGCACCGGGCCGGGGAGGCGGGUAUGUGACCUGUCACUGUCCGAGCUCGGACCCUCGAGUGGUGUGUGUGCGCUUGCGCGUGAGUGUGCGAGUGUGAAUGCACAGGUGGGUAUUUAACGUGUAUUAUUCUCCUUUCUCCUCGGAAUUUUCUUCCCCACGGGGCUGGGAUUACUUUACACUCAGUAAACACUGUUUGACCCAA